GUCAAGUCUGCGUGCCUGUCGCGACUGCGCAUGCGUCGGUUGCACUUUCACUACCUGCCACACAACCCUGUAUUUCACAUGGGGCAAGCGGGAGUUAUCAUCCACUUGCGUAAAUGCUGCUGCUGCUGAGUGGUGUUUGACAGUCUCGGGCGACAAGAGGAAAACAAGACAGCGUUUUUUUUCUUCUUCUUCUUCUUCUUCAGCUUCUUCUCCUUCUUCCUCUUCGCUAAAGGCGUAUCACUGAUGGAUGCCACCAUGGAGCAGAAAACAUAAGUUGAGCGCUCAUAAGGACGCUGCCACUUGUACUUUACGCAGAAGAUAAUCAUCGUCGUGAUGAAGAACUGAAGUCUUAGUGAGUGUUUGUGCCGACAUGUCUAAACCAAUGGAUCACGUAAAACGCCCGAUGAAUGCUUUCAUGGUUUGGUCCAGAGCCCAGCGCAGAAAAAUGGCUCAGGAAAACCCGAAAAUGCACAACUCCGAGAUCAGCAAGAGAUUAGGAGCGGAGUGGAAACUUCUCACCGAGUCUGAGAAAAGGCCAUUCAUCGACGAAGCCAAACGACUGCGAGCGAUGCACAUGAAGGAGCACCCAGACUAUAAAUACAGACCGAGGCGAAAGCCCAAGACUCUGAUGAAAAAAGAUAAGUUUUCUUUCCCUGUGCCCUACAACCUCGGGGAGCACGACGCGCUCAAAGUUAACGGGCUUUCCGCUGGAGCACUUUCCGAGUCCAUCAUUGGGAACCCUGAUAAGGCAGCAGCGGCUGCGGCGGCCGCAGCAGCGAGGGUAUUCUUCAACCCGUCCAUGUCUACGAACCCCUAUUCCUUUUUCGACCUGGGAUCCAAGAUGACUGAGCUUUCUCCACCUUCGUUUCCGUACGCGUCUCCGUUGGGCUACCCGCCGGCAGGCGCCGCGGCUUUCACCGGGACUGGCGGUGUAGGUGGCGGGACGCACACCCACACUCACUCACAUCCGUCCCCGGGAAACCCAGGCUACAUGAUCCCUUGUAACUGUACGGGCUGGCCCUCAGCAGGACUCCAGCCGCCCUUAGCAUACAUCCUACUCCCCGGGAUGGGAAAACCUCAACUUGAACCGUACCCUGCAUAUGCUGCAGCAUUAUGAUAGGCCCACAGUUUGGACUUCUGAGAAAAUGAAAUGUGAAAACGUAAAAAAAAGAAAAGAAAAGAAAAAAAAAGAAGCUAUUCAUGCAAGAGUUUUAUUAUGCAUGCACAAACUUGUACAUGUGAUGAAGUGCUCGUCGUCUCAGAUAUCACAUGUGUAUGUAUAUUGAUUAAUGCCUUUAUCUAAGGUAAUGCUUAUUUAGAGAACUCUCUAAUCUAUUAUUACUCAGCCAUCACCUCUCACAGCCCAGAGGAAGGAAAACAAGGACUAAAGGAGGCAGAAAUGAUGCGCACCUUUGAGAAGAAAUAGUAUCAGAGCAGCCCCCCCUCCCUCCUUCCCCCUCCACCUCAUUUUUUUUCAAAGCUACACUAUUUGAUUUCUAUCUUUUUGCACCUGCUUGACCUGUUGGAGCCAACGGCAGCACAUUGAGCAUAUUAAUCACAGGAUCACACAUAUUUCCUCUCGAGAUAAGUUGUUGUAAGGCUAAAUGGGUUCUAAUCCACGGAUCAAGGAGGAUUGUCACAACAUUUCUUCUUCUUCCCUGUUGAAUGACUGUAAAUGUGUACAGAUAAAAAAAAAAAGACUCUAGUUUAUUUGCCGUUAUAGGCUUAGUGUUUUUUUUUUUUUUUUUUUUUUUUUUUUGAGAUAGGGGCCAGGAAAAACCUACGUAUUUCAACUAGAAAUCCGGUGUAUAUUUUGAGUUUUUAAACCGUUUUUUAUAGAUGUCUGUAAUAUUUAUUGUUUAGUGGAAUCUAUGGUGACCCAAGACAAUUUUAAAAAGGACAAGACUAGUUCUGUAAUAUUUGCACAUGAAACGUAGAGGAUGUAAUUUAUUUUGAAGGUGAUAUUCAAUUUCAGUGCAUUGCAACUUUUCAUCAAAGCCGUUUUUUAAAGAAAAAAACAACAACCUCCAAACAGUAAAAAAACAAACAAAUAAAAAAACAACAAAAAAACGGAAAAAUAAUAAUAAAAAAAAGUUUAAAUGCAGAUGGAAGUUUAUUCAAGGAGUUUAUCAUCUCUGGACCCCCUCACCCUCCCACUCCUCGUAUCAUGUGCAGCAGGAAAAAAAACAAAAACAAAAAAAAACAACCUUUUUAACUAACUCUUAUGGAAUUUGUAUGUUUUGUGUUUUUCUUUAACCUCCGUUAUGUACUUCAACCUAUUGCUACUGUUCACUUGUUGAGCGAAGGACUACAAUAAAGCGUAUUCGGAUUAAACGGAAA